CUCCUUGUAUUUUAAUAAAAUAUCUUGAGACACGAGCGUUAUUACUAUUUACACGUAGAACCUAAGUAAACAGUUAUUGACGAGCUUUCCGUUAGGCUGUAACAGUGUAACUGUAAGCUGACACCAGAUGGCAGCAGUCACAUCAGAUACUCCCGACUCUGCUAAGGUAGAAAGUGAACAAAUAAAACAGUUCAAAGACUUCCUUAUAUCUUACAACAAAUUAUCUGAGUUGUGCUUCACAGACUGUGUCCAUGAUUUUACAGUUCGCCAAGUUCGAGAUAAAGAAGAUAGGUGUGCCAUGAAUUGCAUGGAAAAGUAUCUGAAGAUGAAUCAACGAAUAACUCAAAGAUUCCAAGAAUUCCAAAUGCAAGCUAACGAAGCUGCAAUGGCUGCAGCACAAAAAGCAGGCACCUUAACUUGAUCAUUUUCGUUUUGUGUAUAUAGAUAGUUUUGUGCUUUAUCUUUAGAUGUUUAUCUACAAUGGGAUUAAUAAAGAAUUUUUUGAUUAGUUUAAAAU